AUGUUCUCAAGUAUUUUGAAACUGGGGACUAGAACUGUUAUAAAUACUAAUAGAAUAACUUCAACUAAACCUACAUCAUGUAUAAAUUCAAUAACACCAAUAAAUAAUAUAUUUUCAUCAAUAAUAUCUAUAAUGCCCGUCAGAUUUAAUACUAGAGGUAAUACUUAUCAACCAAAUCAAACUCAAAGAAAAAGAAAAUUCGGGUUUUUAGCUAGAAGAAAAACAAAAGGUGGUCAAAAAGUAUUAGCUAGAAGAAGAGCAAAAGGAAGAUGGUUCUUAUCACAUUGA